AUGACAAUGCGCCCACCAGCAGCAGCAGCAGCAGUAGCAGUACCGCACUCCCCAAUCUCCACACCAACCCUGUACACGUCGUCAGACGUAAAAUGCAACGCCGCCCUCUCCACAGCCCUCAUACACCUCGUCAACCACGCCUUCUCCACCUCGCACAGCAGCACCGCAGGCUCAACCGCAAAAUGGGACCUGGGCAUCCCGCGGUUCGCCGAUACGCGCGAACUACAUGCUAUGCUCAGCGACGAGCGCAGCGUGGUAGCUGUGCUGUUUGACGACGGAGAUGCAGAACCACAUGGUAGCGGUAACGGUAGCGGUAAUACUAGAGAGGAUAGUAGUCUCAGUCCGCGCAAACCCAUCGCCUGUGCCGCAGCCGUCCCCUGGACCGGCGGAUGGCGGCGCCCAGCAACAUCGUCAUCAUCAUCAUCAUCACCACCCGAGCGCGGCUGGGAACUCAAAACCGUCUGCGUACUCGCCGAACCAGCAUACACGCGCCGCGGCCUCGCAGUGCAGCUCCUAGCAUGUCUGGAAACGCAUCUUGUAGCUGUGGAACGCGCGGCUGGAGGGGAAAUACGUACUAUCCAGAAGCAGCAGCAGCAGCAGCAGCAGAGGAGUAAGGGGGAGAAGGAGGAUGAGGACGAGGAGGGUAUUGUGGCGCUGUGGAUCCAGGCAGUCGAGUGUCUUAAUGGAGUGUAUUGGCGGAAACGCGGGUUUCGAGAUAUCAGGCGUAGUGUUGAGGGAGCGGGGACGUGGGGGUGUGAGGAAGGGGCGUUUGAGAUUGUUGUGUUGAGGAGGGAUGUGCGGUUUACGGUGGAUGGGGAGGGAGAGAGAGAGAGAGAGAGAGAGCAUAGGGCGUGA